AUGGUCGGAAACGUAGUUGGAAUCGUGCAGAAGCCAUUGGACGUUGGAGUGCUGGCCAUCUCUGACGGAAUGGUGGUCAGCGUCGAGGUUAGCGUCAAGCCCGAUAAUCGCGCCAUUGGGCGAUACGACGUUCAUGGCGUGUUCUACUGUUACUUGCCCGAACACUGAUGUUUUCGUCGGCCAUGUUUUACGUCUAAAAGAUCAGAUCGGUAAAAAUAUGCGGCAUCCAGUAUGUGAAAGAGCGCGAAGUAUCGGGGGGCCGAAAAAGUAAUUUUGGGCCAUUGUUUUAUUCAUGUCCAGUUUUUGAUGAGUUCCAACGAGGUUGAGUAGUCACGAAGUGCAUGGGCUCGCUAUAAAAAUUGAAACACUUUGUUUGUUAGAUAUACUCGCAGCAGUAUCUGGUCGUGAGGAUCCCAGGGGGACACGUGUUGGGAAUUUCGUGUGUUGAACGGUACCACCGGCGUAGUCACGGGGACCCUUUGGGCGUGGUCGGUGCGAUGAUGAGGAAGGCUUGCGUGCGUGCUGCGCUCUUCUUCCUCUUCUUCUUCUUCUUCCCUCUCUCUCCACCACCACCACCGUCU